GCCGGGGCGCGGCGUCGAUGCCAAUGCCGGUUGUCCGCAGCCGACAUGAAGAGCCCGCCAGUGUCCGCGCUCGCGCCCGCCACCGCCGUCAACCCCGACAUCGACAGCGAGAGGAGAGCGUCGGCCUUCGACGUGGAGAAGCUGGUGAACUUUUGGGAUGGAGGAGCGGAGAGGACGCGCCUGAGGAGAGCCGUGGAACAUGUCAUUAACAGUGAUCCUGUUUUCAGUCGAGAGAAUCAAUAUUUCUUGACCACAACUGAGAGAUAUGAAGCUGCUGUAAAAAAAUCCGUGCACCUACGCCAGAAGAUUAAGGAAUUAGGCUGGACUGACGAUGGCCCCGAAGUCCAGUUUGCUUUUAGGAUUCUGGGAAGUGAGCUUGCGUUUGGAGUCCACAAUAUGGUUUUUAUACCAACUAUUAUGAAAUUGGGAACUGACGAACAGAUCGCUAAGUGGGUUCCACUUGCCAAGGAUUACCAUAUUAUUGGAACAUAUGCUCAGACAGAGCUAGGACAUGGUACAAAUCUGAGAGCUCUGGAAACAACGGCAACCUUUGACGCUUCCAGCCAGGACUUUGUACUGAACACACCCAAAGUGUCCUCAAUCAAGUGGUGGCCUGGUGACUUGGGGAGGUCGGCAAGCCAUGCGGUGGUCCUGGCUCAGCUCUACACCCAGGGAGUGUGCCACGGAAUGCAUGCCUUUAUAGUUCAGGUCCGCAGCCUGCUGGACCAUUCCGCUUUGCCAGGUAUCAGUGUGGGAGAUAUUGGUCCAAAAUUGGCCUUUGAACAGGUUGACAAUGGAUAUUUAAGGAUGCAAAAUGUUCACAUUCCCAAGGAAAACAUGCUGAGCAGAUACAGCAGGGUUGCUUCAGAUGGCAGCUAUAUUAAGCAAGGAUCUGACAGAAUCAAUUACAUCAGUAUGGUGUUUACCCGAGUAGGAAUAUUGUCCGGAGAAAUAAUACCUGCUCUCGCUAAAGCCUGUGUUAUCGCUGUUCGAUAUUCUGCGGUGAGACGCCAGUCAGAAUUAAAGCCUGGUGAAAAGGAGGCCAAAAUUCUAGACUACCAGACCCAGCAACUGAAACUCCUUCCCCAGGUCGCCAAAACUUUUGCAUUUCAUCUUAUGGGUUCGUCCUUGGAAGCAUUUUGUAAAAAAGUGAGCUUGCAGAUCAAAACUGAGAGAAACAUCUCCUCUCUGCCUGAGCUCCAUGCCUUGUCGGCAGGGAUGAAAGCGUUGAUGUCAGCCACGUGUACCGCCGGUGUGGAAACGUGUCGCAGGGCCUGCGGGGGCCACGGCUACUCCAUGCUCAGCGGCUUACCAUCGCUGUACGGCCGGGUGGUCGCCUCUUGUACCUACGAAGGAGAAAACACCGUGAUGCUCCUGCAGACUGCUCGGUUUCUGAUGAAGUGCCUUACUCGAGUGGAUUGUGGCCAGCCUUUGCCCCAGUCCGUCUCGUACCUGUCUGAACCCGUCUCACGCUAUUGUUCUGCAAAGGAGAAAACCGAUUUCUCCAAGCCGUUCCUGUACACAGAGGCUUACAAGCACAGGGCACAAAGGCUGAUUAAGGAUUCUGGGGACAAGUUGCAGUCUCUUCUUCAGUCUGGAUUUGAGCAGUAUGUUGCCUGGAAUGUUACUUCUGCACAGCUUGCAAAGACUGCAAUUGCUCACUGUCAAUAUAUAGUUGUGAAGAACUUUGUGGAAAUAAUAGAGGGAUUAAAGCUAGAAGCUGAGGUCCAGCAAGUGAUCAAGAGAUUGUGUGACCUUCAUGCACUGACAGGCAUUCUGUCCAAUGCUGGGGAUUUUCUAUACGAUGGCUAUAUAACAGGAAAACAACUCGACUUGGUGACCUCUUCUCAUCUGGAUCUACUCGCUCUUAUCCGGACAGAUGCUGUCUCGAUAGUGGAUGCAUUUGAUUACUCCGACCAACAACUGAAUUCUGCCAUUGGUAGUUAUGAUGGCAAUUCUUACCAACACCUCUUUGAAUGGGCUCAGAAAAGCCCCUCAAACACAAAGGUGAAUCUUGCGUAUGAGAAGUACCUGAAGCCUCGCUUUCAGGCAGCGCCGUCCAAACUGUAGCUCGCUCGUCUCCAUCUCCACCCAUGUUCAUUUUACCAAGUUAAAGCUUUUAACAGCGUCGACGCCAGAUACAAGUUGGUCACAUUAAAUAUUAACAAAAUUAGUUUAUUUUCUUAUUUACUGAAAAUUAUUGUACUAUGUUUUUAAUAAAUUGCUCAAGAUUUUA